ACUGUUUUUCUUACAGCGGAUGGAAGCACUAAGUUACUCGCUGUUCCUAUAAUGAAAUAUGCCCGAGACAUUGGGCUUUAUUAUUACCGUUUUCUUUUAAAUCUCUCCCGGAUGUAGGAUUUCACUGACUUUUUUUGUUGUUGCCUUUUUCUGAAAAGUACAACUCAAGAUCGGGAGCAGGUAAAUGGGAAAUAUGGCAGUUAGGAGCGUCCUUUGAAGUCUUCCCCCCCUUUUCGUCGCUGGAUUGAUCGUGUAACCGAGAGCGUGUCGUUUGAAAAGCCUCAUGUUUUCACCGGGUCAAGAGGAGCACUGUGCGCCCACCAAAGAGCCUGUAAAGUACGGCGAACUGGUGGUUUUGGGGUACAAUGGUUCGCUCCCCACUGGAGACAGAGGGCGAAGGAAGAGCCGCUUUGCCCUUUACAAGAGAGCCAAAGCCAACGGUGUCAAACCCAGCACUGUACACAUCCUUAACACGCCACAAGCCAGCAAGGCGGUGAACUGUAAGGGCCAGCACAGCAUCUCCUACACGCUGUCCAGAAACCAGACGGUGGUGGUGGAGUACAGCCAUGACAAAGACACAGACAUGUUCCAGAUUGGCCGAUCAACGGAGGGCCCUAUUGACUUUGUGGUGACUGACACGGUGUCAGGCGGAGGGGAGAGUGAAGACACACCCAUCACUCAAAGCACCAUCUCCCGCUUUGCCUGCCGGGUGGUGUGUGAACGCAAUCCGCCCUACACCGCACGUAUCUACGCUGCAGGCUUUGAUUCUUCCAAGAAUAUAUUUCUCGGAGAGAAAGCGGCCAAAUGGAAGAAUCCAGAUGGUCACAUGGAUGGACUGACAACCAAUGGUGUGCUAGUCAUGCACCCGCGGGGCGGGUUCACAGAGGAGUCCAAGCCUGGUGUGUGGAGGGAGAUAUCGGUGUGUGGAGAUGUUUACACACUGAGAGAAACACGGUCCGCUCAAACCCGAGGGAAACUGGUGGAGAGUGAGAGUAACGUACUCCAGGACGGCUCUCUGGUUGACUUGUGCGGAGCCACGUUACUCUGGCGCACAGCCGACGGCCUCUUCCACACCCCCACUCAGAAGCACCUGGAGGCUUUGCGGCAGGAGCUCAACGCAGCCCGGCCUCAGUGCCCCGUGGGCCUCAACACCCUGGCCUUUCCCAGCAUGCAGCGCUGCAGCCGUGCCCUGAGCAGUGUCCCCGCCCAAGAGGACAAGCAGCCCUGGGUCUACCUUGCGUGUGGCCACGUUCACGGCUACCACGACUGGGGCCACCGUUCUGAACGAGACCCCAACGCUCAAAGAGAGUGUCCCAUGUGCAGAACCGUGGGCCCCUACGUUCCCCUCUGGCUCGGAUGCGAACCGGCCUUUUACGUAGAUACUGGUGCGCCGACACACGCCUUUGUACCUUGCGGCCACGUGUGCUCAGAAAAAUCAGCCCGCUAUUGGGCAGAGAUUCCUUUACCGCACGGCACCCACGCUUUCCACGCCGCUUGCCCCUUCUGCGCUACCCAACUCAAUCUGGCGCAAAAGUGGGCAAAGCUCAUCUUUCAGGGCCCUGUAGACUGAGAGCGUAACGGAGGCGGACGGUGGCAUAAUGGAAGCGUAUGCUGAAGGACAAUUUGUAGAAGGUGUGACCGCAAGCUGUGAAACUGCCCUUGAAACGCUUAUGCUGGAGAGCAGGUUCUUGCUCAUGAACGUGGUGAUCGUUGGCGAAUGACGGGUGUCCAUCAUGAUUUCCUUUUUUUUUUUUUUUUUUUUUUUUUUUUCGUCUACUGGCCUACAAGAUGUCAAUUCACACCAGCAUUACCACAUCACUCAGGAGAUUUAAUUCAUUUCUAUACCUGGCUUUUAGACCCAAGGUGCUUUUGUUUUGGUUCUUUCUUGGUGAUCAUCCUUCCUGUGGAGUUUUGUUGCUUUAAUAACCCUUUCCGGUGCUUUCCAAAGAACUUUACUGAACUUCCGAUUUGGAACUAAACUGCGCAGGAUGGUCGUAGAUGAACCAGGACUGAACACGCAUUUAUUUUAAGUAGCUCGAUGUGUGGGAACUCCAGAAGAACAGGAUCCCACAUCUCCACUGAAGGCUUCUAAAGAAUCCAGUGAUUUGAGAACUGCAAUGCUAAAACGGUUGUUUCCAAAGAUGACAAAAAAAAAUGUGAUUUUUAGUUUAUACUUUUACAUGAAGUGCUACCAACAUAACGCCCCUAAAGGAAUGCUAAUCGGCCACGGUGGAAGCUUCAUUUUGGAUCGCGCAUUAUAAUAUCAGUGACUUGUCAUUUUAGCCUAGUCUUCUGUUCGGCUGCUUCAACGAUCAAGUAUUUGGAAACUAACACGUUUUGUUUUUUCUUUCUGUCUCAAAGGUUAAGGAUUUUUAAGCUUUGACGUUAAGGUAUUUUUAUUCAUACCGGGAUAACCGGUAACAAGAUUAACAAAGGAUGUUGCCAAAUAUUUCCGGAACUGACUAUAGAGUUAGUAACUUAAAUUAGUUCCUGGUGUUAUUUUUAUUUUAUUUUAUUUUUUCACUUCCUGAAAACUGUCCCAAAUAAUUUGGUACUGCUUAUUCCUUGCCACUUGAUCAUUUUCCACAUGGUGAUUAUUGGUAUACAAUCGAAGUAGAUGGGAAAAUGGACUAUUCUGCAGGCGGCAUCUAGACUUUUCCUAACGAACUGUGGAAAAAUGAGAUUGAAAACAAUGAUGGUAGAGGUUUAUGGCGUAAAAGAGCUAUGAAACGGUGAUCACUUUAACAUUUUGGUCAUUGGUCAAAAUUCUUCCUAUUUCAACUGUUUUAUAAGCUUGUUAUGAGAUUACAGUGACUUAUUCCACUAUUUUCCUAAAAUUUAUACAGAGAUGUGGUUUCUUUUGCCUAAAGACAUUUUUACGAGGAUGUGAAGAGGAUAUUUUAGGCAUACUGAAGGGGUAUUUUUUUAAACGCUUGCAUUUACAGAGGCUUUUUACUCACUGAAAAGUAUUUUACUACACACUAGCCCAUGUACAGUUUGUUUUAAAACAGAUACUAAUAUAUUUAUUCAAAUAUGUACUUUACUGUGUGGUAGGUGUCUGUAUGAAUGUAUCAGCCUGAACAGCAACAUCUGGUCAUCACUCAUUUCUAAGUGCAUGCUGCGUCUGGAUACUUAACCUGUGAUCAGUCAGUAGUCAUAUUUCUCUUAUUGAUGCUCAAGCCUUUGAUCCUUUAUCUGGUUAUGCUUGUGUUUGCAGAAUAACCCAAUGUUCCUCUCAUGUUCAAUUCAGAACUAAUACGAAAUGUUAAAGGAACACUGUAAAAUGGAAUCAAAUUGGAUUAAAUUUUUUUUUUUUUUUUUUUUUUUUUUUAUAUAAACGUAUAGCUACAUGCAUACAUUUUUUAGAGGGAUCUUCCGUAGUGUUUUCUUGAAACGUAACAUAUCGUUGUGAAAUGUUGACACCAAAAGCAAAAUGAACUCUGGAUGAGGAGUAUAUUUACUUAAGCAAAGCUACUGUUCAUUAAAAAACAUGCUGAUGUGA